AUGUGCCGACGAACCCUGGUACUUGGUGGCGGCCUGCUCUUCUCCGUCCGCUCUGUGCGUUCAGUGUUGCUUCGGGCCGGAGGGCAGCAGGUGACCCUCACCACUCACGCCCCCUUUGGCCUGGGGGCCCAUUUCACUGUUUCCCUGAACCAAGUCUCCUGCAUGGCUCACCGAGGUCAAGUCCCUGCUAUGUUGCCUCUGAAAGCCACGGGCCGGUGCUUCUACUUUCGCUUGGACAAAGCGGGACACUUCCCCAACAUGAAACUCUUUGACAAUACCGUGGGUGCUUACCGGAGCUUAUAA